CCAGCUGACCCGGGGCCGGCGUGACUGGAGCCAGCGGCCGCUGCGCCAUGGGGCCCCCCGCCGAGACCGACCUCUACCGCGACACGUGGGUGCGCUACCUGGGCUACGCCAAUGAAGUUGGAGAGUCCUUCAGAGCCAUUGUGCCCAUCUCGCUGGUCUGGGCGAGCUAUGGGGUGGCGACUACGUAUGUGACGGCUGACGCGAUUGAUAAGGGAAAGAAGGCAGCUGUUUGUCCCUGCUCUCCAUGCUCUCUGUGCUGCACCCAUCAGGCACAUGAACAUGACGUGGGGAAGACGACGCAGGUGGCCGUGGCUGUGGUGGAUACGUUUGUGUGGCAGGCGCUGGCCUCUGUGGCUAUCCCCGGCUUCACCAUUAACCGCAUCUGUGCUGCCUCCCUCUACUUCCUGGGCACCAUGACCCAUUGGCCCCUGCCCAUCCGGAAGUGGAUGACCACAGCCAUCGGCCUCUCAGCCAUUCCCGUCAUCAUCAAGCCCAUUGACAGGUCAGUGGAUUUCCUGAUGGAUUCCAGCCUCCGCAAACUCUAUGGUGCAGAAGAGAAACAUCCUCCUUCCUGAGGCAGCCCCCAAUAUGGCUAAAGCUGGGGGGGGGGGG